AUUUGGAAUAUUACCGUCGGGAUUAUUAUAUCUCUAAAGAUGGUGAAAUAGUUAUAAUGAAAUAGUUUGUCCUCGCUCUCUUCACCGUUUUAUAUAAUCUCCUCUAGAUAUCCCUUUUUUUGCAUAUGUAACAAAUAAGAUAAACUCCCAAUAUACAACGAAACAUAUACUAACACAAAAACGAACCAAAGAGCAUUAGAAAACCAGAAAAUAGCACAAACAACACAAAUAACACAUAUUUGUCCUCGCGGCCUUUCAUACCCACCAUCUUUGUUUACAUGUGACGUCACGGAAGGCAGCGCGCAAGAGUCAAAUAUUUUUUCCUAAUAUUCCUCGCCGAAAUAUUCCUCGACAGAUAUCGCCGGUGACAGUCAGAGUUAUUGUGAGACACGCCGCUCUCGAUCUGCUUGUUAACAACUGGUAAUAACUCCCCCGUUGGGUUAUUCAAGGGGUGUGGAGGGAGAGGAGCGAGAGGAAAACCAGGGGCUCUUGAAUCAGCUGAUGGUGAAGGGAGGAGAAUUUUUCAUUGUUUUGAUGUGGAUUUCAAGGCAAAUUUCGCUGUUUUGAUGGUGAUUUUUAAGGCAUUGGAGGCUUUGAAAAUCAUAGUUAUCAAUCCAGCAUAGCUAAAGGUCGGGCGUCACAGCGGCCGCCACCACCAUGGACUCCAACACGUACACUAUAGGCGGCGUCAGAGUGGAGUUCCCCGUCAGGCCAUACCCGUCGCAGAUGGCUAUGAUGGCGCAGAUUGUGAAAGGUCUCCAGCGGCGACAGAACUGUUUACUGGAAUCCCCGACAGGAUCAGGAAAGUCAUUAGCCCUCCUUUGCUCGACGCUGGCAUGGCAACAAGCAGAAACAGGUAUGCAGAGCAAGUAUAUUUGGCAUGGUGACAUUUGCAUAAGUGUAAAUAUUCUUGGAAAAUAAGGCUACGCAGUGGAAAAUCUGAUAUUGAAAGUAUUGAUUCCUGUUGGUGAUUCUUGUGCGAAGUGUGUGGGUGGGUUUGG